GUCGGACAUAUUUUACAUCGAAAGAUCUACUCUUUUUUUUCCAACAAAUAUUCGUUUGUUUUAUAUUGACUCUUCGCACUUAUGCUCUCUACUGCCGUAACAAACGCCUCCUCACUUCGAUGAUAAUCAUCGUUUGUGCUCUUGGGGGAGUGACUGCGGGAACAUUUGGACUCCGUUCAAGCGCCGUCGUGCCAGGACUUAAUUGCCUUGACUCAUACGCAAAAAAGAUAGCCGUCAGUCCUGGGUUGGGAUGGGUGACACUACUUGUCUACGAAUUGCUCAUAUUUGUCCUCACAGUUCGCAGGAUAUGCAAAAUUAGAGGACUGUCACUGGCAAUAUCGAGGAGACACAUGCUUGAUAUCAUGUUUCAAGAUGGUGCCAUGUAUUUCGCGGUGAUGACGUUGUUUAAUCUACUCAACAUCCUGACGUACUACUGUGGUUCAAAUACCACUAGAGGCAGUCUGGCUACAUUUACUAGCUGCAUAUCCGUGACUCUCGUCUCUCGGCUGAUGCUCAAUCUGCACAAAUCUGUCGAUACAGGCAUUCUUACUACCCCCGUCCAAGAUGAUGACUACGAUUCCACUGUCCUUACUACUAGGAUCAACGUACAGUCCACGAUUUCCUCUCGCCAAUGCUAGGUUGAUAUUUCUGGAUUUGUAUAUUCGUAUUGGAAGUGGAAAGUUAAUAUCGGGGUAGUGUCCAGAUCCGCAGAGACGAAGCCUGUUAACCUACAACAUGUUCCUUUCUUCUUUAUAUUACGUAUCGUGCUCCCACACCCCAUUUUCCUCGACGCACGGUUAAACUGAAAUUCAUAUCUCUACUUUCGUCGAUCCGAGUCGUGCUUUGCAACGCCCAUGUUUUUUUAGACUCACAUUUUCGUCU